AUGGUUCCUAGCGGAAAUGGACCGGUUCCGGCAAAAUCAAAACCAAGAUCAAAAGGAAGUUCAAGAACGACAAAUACAAAGACCAUAAAAGCCUUAGGUUCAACAAAAGAAAGAAUUGCGCAAGCGUGCGACCGAUGUAGAGCUAAAAAGACAAAGUGCGAUGGAAAAAAUCCAUGUUCGGGGUGUCAAGCCGUGGGGCUUGAAUGUAUCGUAUCAGAUAAGCUAUCAAGAAGAGCAUUUCCUAAAGGUUAUACCGAAACUUUGGAAGAAAGAGUACGACUGUUAGAAGCAGAGAAUAAAAAGUUACUUGGGAUUUUAGAUCUACGAGAUGAACAAAUUGAAAUUUUGAAUUCAGGGAUUAAUGCUUGCGAUAAACAGCUUGAUAGUUUUGAAGAAAAAGAUGAAUAUGCCAAGAUGACAUUAUCUAAUCUUAGUUUACUUGAAAAUGAACAGGACCAUAUUCAUCAUGAUGGCUGUCCAUGUGGAUGUUCAAAUCCUCAUGCUGUACACGAAAGACCUGUAUCUAUUACUGGAUCUUUAUAUGAAGGUAUUGAUGCUCCUAUAUCAAUAGCUAGUUCUAUUAAUUUGAGUAAUGAUGAAGAUGACGAAGAUUAUGAUAAUUAUGAUGAUGAUGAUAGUUUACUAUUCUCAGAAGAAUAUAUUUCAAAUUCCGGUAGGAGAAGAUAUAAUAAGGAAGUCAGUCCAGCUCCAGGAGCCUUUGCUGCGGCCACUGCCAUAGCUCAAAUGCAGAAGAAUAAGACUUUCCAAAAGCAACAACAAAAGCUUGAGAAUGAAAGUAGUAAACAACUGAUGCUUACAUCUCUUGUGGCCAUAUCUAUACCGAGAAGUACCGAAGAAACAUUAUUUAUUCCUACUCUUUUAGCAAGAAUUUGUCAGGCUUACGGUUAUGAUUCCAAACCUGCAAUUUUAACUGCAAAUGCUGUAGCAUCCUUAAAGGAAAUAGCAUUUGAAAGAAGUCCUGGUGAUAUUUCUAAUGAAAUGAGAGAUGAAAUAGAAAGGAUUUUAUUUAAAAAUGAAUCUCCAAGAUUGAAUGAUAUCGAUGCUUUAAAUUUUAUUCUAUGCUUAAGUAACUUGCCCAGCUCUAGAAUAGACUUGGACCACUUUAUAACAGUUUAUUUUCAAGAUUGGGGUAAUUCUCUUCCAGUUAUUGAAAAGGAAUGGUUUUUAAGAAAGUAUGUGGUAUUAUCAGAGAUAUUAGAAACUGGAGCUUACACUUCCAACGAACCUGCAUCAUCCUUUGAACUGAUAGAAAAGUUUUGUGCUGUAUUAGUUCUUGUUUUAAGUUUAAGCUUAUUAUCUAAUAAAAGGACUCAUAUGAAUUCAUCAGAUGAUAACAGAUAUGUCAAAUAUUUAAAGUAUUAUGACUAUCUAAUUCAUGAAUUUAUCAAACCAAAUUGUGUAAUCACUAAACAUUGCUCAAUCCAAUCACUUCAAAUUCUUUCACUUGCAUUACAGUAUUGUUUGGUAGUUGGAGAUAUUAAUACUUGUUAUGAUUUACGUGGUAGAGUUAUAAGUAUGGCUCAGCAAUUGAGAUUACAUAGAUGUCCAGCAGCUGUACUUGACUUAUCAGGCAAUAUUGAUAAUGCAAACCUUCAUAAUGUGAAACAAGCAGAAAGACGUAUUUUAUUUUGGUGCGUUUAUUGUUUGGAUGUAUACUCCUCGUUUAACUUAGGUGUUCCAAGACUUUUUAAGGACUUCGAAAUUGAAUGUGCAAUGCCAUUUGCUGGUAAGAAUGGUGAUGAUGAUGAGGAUGAUAAUGUUAAUAUUUUGAUUGUAAAUAAUACCAAAUUGCUAAUUGUUGGUAAAGUUACGAAAUUUGCAUUAAGUGUAAUGACUUAUUGUAAGGUAUUGGGUAGUGUAUUGGAUUCAAUAUUUUCAAGGUAUGAUAAUCCAGAAACAUAUAGUAGAGCUUUGAGUAGAGAUAGAAUUCUUGACUGUUGGAGACGAGAUUUACCUAAUGAAUUAAAAUUUGAAGUGGAUGUCAAUGGACUCUCUUUUAAAGAUACGAAAGCACAAUAUAAUAAACAGCAAUUAACCUUAAUGUUUUUAUAUUUUCAUGCCAGAAUCUUAAUAUAUUUGCCAAUAAUAUCAAAAUAUGGAAAUCAUCAUAAUGUUGGUUUAUCUAAGAAAGAACUGUUAUUGAAGGGAGAAGGAGAUGUUGCUACAACUGUAUCCAGUUUUACUAUGAUUCAACAAUCUUCAAUACAAAUUCUUGAAAUACUUAAAAGUAUUAAUGAGAGUGCAUCCCCAUAUUUAUUACCAAUUCCUAUUAAUAUACCUAGACAACAAGCUAGAUUUUCUCUCUUGGUUGCUAAGGGUACUCUUGAUUAUCUUAAAGGUGGUCCAUUAUUUCAAAAUCUGAAACAAUUACUUUUAGAGACUAUAACUUCUUUGAUAGAAGAAAGUAAUUUAAAUAUUCCCGGAAGAUUAAGUAGAACAACUUCCAAAAUCGUUGAAUUAUCUAUCUUAAGUAUUUUAGGGCUCAAUUUAAGUAAAACACGCCUUGUUAAGAAGAAAGUUUCACCAACUCAACCAAUAACAAAACUUGCAGUUUCAAGAGAUCCAUUUAAUAGAACUCCAGCUUCAAAACUUUCUAAUGAAGUAACAGUAUCUACUGAUCCAACUCUGUCACUGUUAUUUCAAAAUACUCGGGAUUCUUCCACAUCAUCAAAUUCAAUUAAUUCAAGCACAUAUAUUCAUACAAGUCAUUCAUCUAGUAGCUCACAAUUAGAUUUAGACCUUAGUAAUAAUGAUUUCAAUUCAUAUGAUGAAGCUGAGGGAUUAGAAAAUAUAUUAGAAUUUGAUCCAUUUAAAGUCAAUGUCAAUAGACAAAUCUUAAUGAAUGAUUUUGCAGCUGAUGGUUCCCUCGGUCUUGUACCCUUUUUGGAUAUGAAUAAUUUCGAUUCCGUGGACAAUAUUAAUUCUAAUAGUGAACAUGGAUUCCAAAAUGAUUUUGAACUUCCAAAAUAG